ACGCGCCGCUAGUGAGUGCCUGGCCCUGAUGUAACUCUGCCCUCCGCGGACCUCCGGGCUCUCCCGAUGAAGCAGCCGUCACUGUCACAUGCCAUCCCUCCCAGUCAUCCCCCUGCAGCUUGGGCGGGAGGUUGGACAGCAACAAAACGCCUUAGGUGAGCCCAGCACAGAAAAGGGGACAGGGAGCAAUCCCCUCCUCCAGCUCUCCAGGGAAGCUUCGGGGCCGCCACCCAAAAUCACCUCCGGCAGGUCCUGAAUGAGCAAUGCACAGCUGUAAUUUUGGCUUUCUUGUCAGAGGACGUAGCGGAAAGCUCAAGGUUGUCUGGAUUCUCAAAAGCAAGUUGAUGAAUUCAUAGCAGUAAAGGAGUAUUUCCAUGAAAUGCAGAGAUACAACACAUGGGUGCCGCUAACACCCAGCCGUCAGCCCUGCGCCAGUGAUGUGCCGUGGGUCCCCAUGUGCCAGGACAGCCGGCUGCCGGGGGAAGGCAGUGGGCCCCUCUACACUGCGGAGGCCGCCGGCGCUUCACUAGCGGGGCCAGCUCAAUCCCUUCCCGCGCCCGGCAGCAGCGCAGCGCAGAGGAGGGCUUUGGCGGUCUGGCGUCCUUCCCGGGCAGCGCCGCUCUGCCUCUGAAGUUCAGCCGGGAAGAUAGCAGAGGUGAAAGGGCGCUUGGCAUUUCUCCGGAGGCUUGGGUCAAUCGUUAAUCAGGGAGGGAUUGCUUUUCACUCCUCCAGGUAACCUCUCCUCCCCUCAGCUCCCACCCACACGCCGUUGCCCGCACAAAACCAGUGCCCCCGGGAGCAGGGUGGAGAGGAGCUGCUGGCCGGGCCAUGGGAAGGUAGGCACUUGUGGGAGAGCAACCAGCGAGCCGGGUGAGAGGUGGCGGCACAGCGAGCCUUGGGGAGGUGACACCUGUGUGCCGACAUGGUCUCCAUGGGGCUCCAGCUGGUGGGCUAUGCCGUGGCCUUCCUGGGCUACAUUGGCACGCUGACGGCCACACUGCUGCCCAGCUGGAAGAUCAGCUCCUACAUCGGCUCCAGCAUCGUGACGGCCGUGGGCUUCACCAAGGGGCUGUGGAUGGAGUGUGCCACAUACAGCACGGGCAUCACCCAGUGCGACAUCUACAGCUCCCUGCUCAGUCUGCCCGCCGACAUCCAGGCAGCCCAGGCCCUGAUGGUGAGCUCCAGCGCCGUCUGCUCCCUCGCCUGCCUCCUCGCUGUCAUGGGCAUGAGGUGCACCGUCUUCAUGCAGGGCUCGCCGGCCAAGGACAGAGUGGCGGUGACAGGUGGCGUGGUCUUUGUGCUCGGGGGGCUGCUCUGCUUCAUCCCCGUGACCUGGAACAUCCACGUGGUGCUGCGGGAUUUCUACAACCCCCUGCUUCCCGACAGCACCAAGUACGAGAUCGGCGAGGCGCUCUACCUGGGCAUCGUCUCCUCCCUGCUCUCCCUUAUCGGUGGCUUUAUCCUCUGCGCCUCUUGCCCUCCUCGGGACUCGCAGGACACCUACCGCAGCACCUACCAGCCCCGGCUGCUGGCAGGUAAGAGCCCCCGGCCCUCCAUCAGCCAGACGCAGAAGACGAAGAGUGAGUUCAACUCCUAUAACCUGACAGGAUACGUGUAGAGGGGCCCCACAGCUGCCUCAACGACACGGUGGGAACCUGGCCGGCACCUCUCCCGGCUCUGCGAAAACUUCUGAAGGGAGACCAGUAAGAGGAGAGGCCACAGCAGUGUCUCUCAUGCUCAGCCCUCUCACUCGCACACGUGCGCUCCAGGGAUUCCAAUCUGCUCUCCCCACUGUUCCCCCGAGAGCCUUGCUACUGUUCUAGAGAUCUCAGCUGAUUACCUGAGUUGGUGAAAGACCCCGAAUUUGGCUGCUGUUACCUGCUCAGCACGGUGCGGCACUGUCGGCUUGCAGGGAGCGCUCCUCAUGAGCCUGGACGGGUGGAAAAGCAGCAGUGCCUCAGCCUGGGCACGGGCAGCCGCGCCACAGGAAGACCUCGGCAAUGCAGCGACAGCAGCCCCAGCAAGCGUGCCAGCCCCAGCCGCCUCCGUGGGGUGUUCUCCAGCGUUAACCCGUUGGGUCGCUGCAUGUCCUGCGUCACGGGGCCGAGCCGAGGUGUUGCGGGGGGAGCUGGGUGUCCGCGCAGGCCCGCUGCGGGUCAGGAGUCACCGCUGGAGGGUCGAGUGCUGAUUUCAAAUUGGUGUUGCAAUAAAUCUGUGUUUCUAGCUGG